UCCAGAGAGUGACUCAGAAGGGCAAUAAUUAAAAACUGGACCAGGGUGCAGGCUAUGGGAGAGGACCAACAUGACCUUGUCGGUUGUUCUGUAAGACAAAUUCUUGCAGUGAAGUCACCACUCAUUCUGAGUGCAAAACAACCUUCUCUUUUUCCUUUCAUAGUUGGUUUUCAUGGGGCUGGAUGGCUGGUAGGAAACAAUACUUAGGCCCUUACCACCAUACCACACCCCUUUUCUCAUAAAUCAAUAUUAAGAAUAAAAUCACUCAUGUCUUUCUUAAUCAAUGUUGAGUUUAUUUUGUUCUCUCUCUCUCUCUCUCUCUUUCCCUUUGUGUCUUUCAAGUUGUUGAUGUUGCAAUUCAGCUUUCUACUCCUCAAAUCUUUGUGGUUUAAUCUUAGCACCUGAAGUGAGUCUUAUUUUUUAUUUUAUUUAGGUUACAUAGGCACAAAAAAUCAAACUAUUCUGUCCAGAACUAUAUAAACAGUUAAAACACUGCCUUAGGCCUCUGAGAAUAGGAUUGAUUAGAGAAAAUUGGUUGGUGAGAUUAGCAACCAGAUGUCAAUAUCAGAAUAAGCAAGAAAAAGAAUAAUUCGUGUGGUGUGCUAGUAAUUACAUCUUUGAUUGAGUCUGUUCUUGGAUUAGAUGGGAUGAAUUAGGGUUCAACAGGCUACAGGAAGAUCCACACAACCAUAAUUAAAGAAAAAAAAAAUCAUGAAGAUGAUGAUGAUUAAGGAAGAUUAUAUUAUACCAUGUCAUAAUUAGGGUAAGGGAUUGAGAUCAAACUUAGAUCUUGGCAUUUCACAUAAGGGAUUUGAUGGAAAUGAGAGUCCAAGACAAGGAAAUAGAGAUGCCCACCACUUUAGGUUAUACUAAUCUUCCCAAUAGAGAUUCUUCUUCUUCUUCUUCCAAGCUGUCUUCUGCAAAUCUAGCUUCAACGUUAGGGGAAAGAAGUACUGAUCAACCUUCUCAAAAUCGCACAUUAAUCUUCAAUGAUCCACCUCAAACUUCACACCAUCAUCAUCAUCAUCAUUAUCCACCUCCUCUUGCACCCACUCAUAUUCCUCAAGCUCAAAGACCCACUACAGAUCCAGAUCUAAGCUCUUCUCCUAUUGCAACAACAAGCACCCCAAUUGCAAGUGGAUCAAACCCCACAACAACAACAACAACACCACAACAGACAACUAUUGCAACAACAAUCUUAAACCCGUUAAUCAGGUACCGAGAAUGUCUGAGGAACCACGCCGCCAGCAUGGGGAGCCACGUGGUAGAUGGGUGUGGCGAAUUUAUGCCAAGUGGAGAAGAAGGAACACCAGAAUCACUAAGAUGCGCUGCUUGUGAAUGCCACCGCAACUUUCAUCGAAAAGAGGUUGAAGGUGAACAACCCCAACAUGUUCCUAAUUAUCAUAACUAUUAUCCCAACAAACACAACGGUCAUAUUCAAUUCCCUCAGCAUCAUCAUCAUCAUAGAUUUUCACAUGUGGUGACCACCACCCCAACAGCAGGCCUAAUUCCGCCGGUGAUGGUGGCGUUUGGAGGCGGCGCCGCUGAGUCCUCCAGCGAAGAUCUCAACAUGUUUCAGUCUAAUACAGGAGCACAGUUAUCAGUGCAGCCACCACUAUCAAAGAAGAGGUUCAGGACAAAAUUCUCCCAACAACAGAAGGAUAAGAUGAUGGAGUUUGCUGAGAAGCUGGGAUGGAAGAUCCAGAAACAUGAUGAACAGGAAGUGCAGCAAUUUUGUUCUCAAGUUGGUGUCCAAAGACAGGUUUUCAAGGUUUGGAUGCACAAUAACAAGCAAGCAAUGAAGAAGCAUCAAAUCCAUUUUUUCCUACUGGGCAAGACUCGAGAGAGAAAUUAAAAAAAAGGAAAAAGAAGAAAAGAAGAGAGAUGACGACAACUUUCGGCCGUUGUUGAUGAACUUACAUAUUAUAUUAC